AUGCAAGACAGGGAAAGAAAGUGGGGCUCGUGCGAUACACUGACGCGCUCGAAGCGAUUUGCCGAAGACGUCGAUAGUAAGAGCACUGUCUCGACAUCAGGCGGUCGGGGCCCAGUACGAGACAGCAACGCAAGCGUGACUUGCCGACAGGCUCAAGACGCCAAGAAUACGAAGGGAAUAGGCACAGACCUUUGGUACAUCCCGAACGACGUUCCUCAGCAUAUCAACACCUCUCCCCCUCGACUUCCAACUUCCAUCGCCUCGUCGGCAGUUCUGUGCUCCAAGCCCUUGAAACGCGGAGCUUCGGACAUGCUUGUUUGUGGGGAGCGGGCGUACAGCGCUGGUCAGCUGGCGGGUGCAGACAUCGAACGAUACCCUCAAACUCGCGAGCAAACCGACAAAUGCGCUCCGAGGAGGGUCACCUCUACGCUUUCUCGCACUUUGGUAUGUGCACAACGCCCAAGUACACAAUCUGCCACCGCUGCACCCCACGCCCCGCCUCGCCUUGCCGCGCGUCUUCCACCGCCCUGGAGCGAAUUCCGAGCGGCGAUCAGGUUUGAUGGGAUCAUUUGUCAUGCCCGAAACGCGGAAGAUCCGGACGCGCCCUCAGGGAACUCUGCAGGGAAGGGCAGAAUAUGCACCGCUCUGUAUUUGCGGGCGAGUCUGCGCGGCGGAGUCGGAAAUCCGGGCGAGCGGUCAACGAAGGCCCUCGCCGCGUCAGUGGGGCAUCAAGCGGACGUUGCUGAGGAUGUCAACAAGCUGCUUGCUAGAUGGCCUCGGCGCAGCGAGUCUGCUUUCCAAGUUGCCGAGUACUGUGGAACACGCUCCUCUGCAUCCAGGCUCAGAGCGAAAUCGCCCUUCGGGCGGCACGGCAUCCGUUCAAGCGAGUUGCUUUCGAUGCCACGGCUCACCAUCGAGCUCCCCCUCGAUGACCUUCUCAACAUCAUCUCAUUUCAAGAUACCUUCGGCUCAUCCCCCAAUGCAGAUGCCAGCAAGUCAACACUAUCACCCACCAUCGAGCUCCCCCUCGACGACCUCCUCAACAUCGCCGCGGACUUCUACGCCUUCAACCGCUUACAGUAG